AUGGCCUCUUCGUCGAGCUCGUCCUCCAACGACCCAGAUAGACGUAAUAAAGCCCAAGCUGAUUACGUCAAGAAACUAAAAGAGCGGCGUGAAAUUGAGGCAAAAGUGAAAGAAUUUCGCCUUGACCUUCAAGAGCUUGAAAAACAGUACGAAAAGACAGAAGAAGACAUUAAAGCUCUACAAAGUGUAGGCCAAAUUAUAGGAGAAGUUCUGAAGCAGUUAGACGAAGAGCGCUUCAUCGUCAAGGCCUCAUCUGGUCCACGCUAUGUCGUUGGAUGUCGAAAUAAAGUAAACAAAGAGAAGCUCAAACAGGGCACGCGUGUCGCUUUGGACAUGACAACUUUAACUAUCAUGCGGAUGCUGCCCAGAGAAAUAGAUCCUUUGGUUUAUAAUAUGAGUCUGGAAGAUCCAGGGAAAGUGAAUUUUGCAGGAAUCGGCGGUCUUACCGAACAGAUUCGUGAGCUUCGUGAGGUGAUUGAACUUCCUUUAAUGAACCCAGAACUUUUCCUUCGUGUGGGCAUCAAGCCGCCGAAAGGCGUACUCUUGUAUGGUCCGCCGGGUACUGGCAAGACACUUUUAGCUCGCGCUGUAGCAAGUACCUUGGAAACGAACUUUUUGAAGGUUGUUUCCAGCGCAAUCGUGGAUAAGUAUAUCGGCGAAAGCGCAAGAUUAAUUCGCGAGAUGUUUGGAUAUGCCAAAGACCACGAGCCUUGUAUCAUUUUUAUGGACGAGAUUGAUGCUAUUGGCGGAAGGCGCUUCUCAGAAGGAACUAGUGCUGACAGAGAAAUUCAAAGAACUCUGAUGGAGCUGCUUAAUCAAAUGGACGGCUUCGAUUAUCUCGGCCAGACCAAACUAAUUAUGGCCACUAAUCGACCCGAUACACUUGAUCCUGCAUUGUUGCGACCAGGUCGGUUAGAUCGUAAGAUCGAAGUUCCAUUGCCCAAUGAACAAGGGCGGCUGGAAAUUCUAAAGAUUCACGCAGCACCUAUCACAAAGCACGGCGAAAUAGAUUAUGAGGCUAUUGUAAAAUUAUCGGACGGUUUCAAUGGUGCUGAUCUACGGAAUGUGUGUACAGAAGCAGGCAUGUUUGCAAUUCGCGAAGAGCGCGAUUAUGUAGAACAAGAAGAUUUUAUGAAAGCGGUCAGAAAAGUUAGCGAUGCAAAAAAACUGGAAUCCAAGUUGGAUUACGAGAAGCUAUAG